AAAUCGUGCAAAAAGAACAGAUCUCGUUGGUGUUAGUAGCGCGGUUGAUCGUCAUUGGAUCGCGUUGAGAAGCGAUUUCGUAAGUUGCGAUGGUGAGUGGUGGUAAGCCGGGAAUAUCGUCGAGCUUGAGCCCGCGUCUACUCGCUGUUCGUUCCUGGCUAUCACUAGUUGCAAUUGGCAACUAUCGGCAACGAUUCACACUCGAGAAUCGAGAACACGCGGCAGGCGUGACGAUUGUUCGCGAAUGACCUGGCAUUGCUUUCGCGAGAGGAGCUUUCCGCGCUUAUUCGAGGACGAGGAUCAUGUAUACCGUGUCAAAGGGACCUAGCAAGAUUGUAGCGAAAACACGACGAGGGAUAAGUCAGAACCUUGAAAGACUGGAAACUCUACGUGAUCUGACGAGAAAGGCCGACGUCGAGGAUGACCACGAGAUCACCCGUCACGUACCAAAACCAGUCUUCCAUAUGAAUGGAAAAUCCAAGUUUAUCUCGCAGCGACAUCAGAUGCAAGAAGUUAUCACACCACAGCAUGAGGAACUUAUUAAAUUUAUUUAUGAAUCAUGGAAUCAAAUUAAUAUGCGGCAAAGAAGCGAAUGUUGCAAUGGCACAGAAUGUGCAGAACUUUGCAGUCCUAAGGAUACGAUAGUAUAUUACAACGAUGGUGAACCAAAUGAUAAUCUUCAAGACUUUAAACCGUUUGAUUUGGAAUCUUGGUGGGGCAAACGAUUGUUUAACAAUAUCACGAAGUCACUCUGAGAUAUUGAAAAAACUAAAAUUCUUUUUCCGAAGACUUGUACUUGGAAGUAAUUUGGCAGCUGAUGUUACAUGAAUUAACCAAUGCCGCGUUUAUGAAGCGUGUGAUUUAAAUCUGAUCGGGUCGAACAAUUGGUAAGGUAGUAUUAAAUAUAGAUCUCGGAAUUCAAUACACAUAUAUACCAAAUCCAAUCGAAUUGUGGAUUAAAUUAUCGCUCUCGUAUCGAAUUGUACGUAAUACACGUAUUACAAUUACAUCGCAUCACAUGUUACAAAGCACCGAGUCAAUAUAUGAGCGAGCUUGAAAUAUACACGCGUAAUGCGCAAUAGUAGUUAUAAUCCAGUUAAUAAUCCAAAUAGUUUAAUAACGAUUGUUUAUAUGCAUUUGUUUGUUAAUGAACUUUCUACAAAAUAUGGAUUUCUUAUCGUUGCUCCAUUGUUAGAUUUGCUCAAUUUUAAUAAGAUGCAGAAUAUAUUUGACGUUCAUGUAUGAGAGCUUUGAGAUGCUGCAGCAGAACUUUUGGUAGACAAUAAGUAGGUUUGGUAGACAAUAACAUAUAAGAUACGCAAAUACAAAACCAGUCGUUAAAAGAUCCUGAGUUCUGAGUAGAUUUUAAACACGGUUAAAGAAACCGAAGAACCGAGGAUGCGAUCCGGUAUGCAGUGCGUAUGUAUCAAGUAAAACUAACAUAAGUAUGAACAAAAGACCCAAAGCUGUGCGGUAUGAAUUCUGCGUGAGAUUGGUGAAUUUUUACCUUAGAAUGUUGUAUAUAUUGCAUGCAAUGAUCGCGUGAAUGCAUGACCUAAUGUUGCGGGUAUUAUUAUGACGAUCACGUCUGAAUACACUUUUACAUAAGCAAAGAUUUAGUAUAAAUUUGUAGACUGAUAAUAUGUAAGAGAAUUGUCAUUCUGUUACUCGUAGAGUCGCAGCUCGCGAUCGCUGAUAUAAUCUAUUACCGAGCUCACUCAUCGAAUUGUUAUAUUAUGGCAAGUUAAAUUGUUUCUUCCUCGCGUCGUUACGUAUCUGUUGGACUAUUGUAAUGGCUGUCGGAUUAGCGACAAUUUAAAUGCCACAAUAUCACGCGUGUCUGACAACGCGCAGUUCGCAAAAGUAGUCGUGAUGUAGUGCAAUAAAAUUCAGCCGUGCGCAGCUGAAUUUUAUACAAUCAUGAAUAAAUACCUCUUCAUACAUACA